GAAAACAAGAACAAAAGCAAUUUGAGAGAGAAAACAGAAAUGAAGUUUUGUAAGAGAUAUCAAGAAUACAUGAAAGAACUGGAGAAAGAUUUGCCCGGGGUUCAAUUUAAGAAACACAAAAAGAUCUUUAAAAAAUGUAGAAGGAGACAAUUCCCAUCUCAGACUCAUGAAAAUGAUGACAGAAAACAACAAUCAAUUUCUCAUUGUCCUAACCAUUGCUCUGUUUGUGAUGGGACAUUCUUUCCAUCUCUCCACGAUGAGAUGUCUGCAAUUGUGGGUUGUUUCAACCGGCGUGCACAGAAAUUACUGCAAGUUCAUCUAUCUUCGGGUUUCAAAAAGUAUUUUACAUGGAUUAAGAGAAAACUUGUGAAAGGGAAUCAUGUUGCUAUGGUUGAAGAAGGCAAAGAGUUGGUUACUUAUGCAAUGAUCAACGCCAUUGCCAUACGGAAAAUUCUUAAAAAGUAUGACAAGAUUCAUUACUCAAAGCAAGGGCAGGCAUUUAAAUCACAAGCGCAGAGUAUGCAUACUGAGAUCCUUCAAUCUCCAUGGCUAUGUGAGCUAAUUGCCUUUCACAUUAACUUGAAGGAAACCAAGAAAGACAUGAGGAAUCUACCCGGAUUUUUUGAAGAAUGUUUGGUCACUUUUGAUGGUGGGAAGCCAUCGCUCUCUUUUUCCUUGUUUGAUUCUGUCAAACUUGAUAUCGACUUGACGUGUUCCAUAUGCUUGGACACUGUAUUCGAUGUGGUUUCUCUUACGUGCAGUCAUAUAUUCUGUCACAUGUGUGCUUGCUCUGCCUCGUCAGUUACAAUAGUGGAUGGACUUAAAGCGGCGGAUCCGAAAGCCAAAUGCCCACUGUGCCGAGAGGAAGGAGUAUUCGAAGGUGCUGUGCACUUGGAAGAACUUAAUAUCUUAUUAAGUAGAAGCUGUCCUGAUUACUGGACCGAACGGCUUCAAACGGAAAGAAAAGAGAGAGUUCGUCAAGCAAAGGAACACUGGGAAUCUCAUUGUAGAGCUCUCAUGGGAGUCUAGUGUACAGACUAUUCGAAUUGCCUCGUUUGUGAUUCGCCAUAUUCUUUUGUAUUCCUAGGAUAAGAAUUACCUCGUUUGUGAUUCGUCAUAUUCUUUUGUAUUCCUAGAGUAAUCUGUCUAAAGGGUUAAGAACAUGUUGCCAACUUAGGUUAAAUCACUAGUUAGCUUAUAUGGUCCAUCGUUCCUUUUCUCUUAUUUUGUUUUCUUUUUGUUGCUUCAUGUUGUUGGCGGGUGCAUUUAUCCGACAAAACAAAGCCUUGUAUAAUGUUUACAAUAAGUGAGUAUCUUAAUGGAGUUGAGCAAGGUUGUUUUUCUUAUAA